AUGCAUUUUGCUGCAGUAGCUUAUGUUGGGGAGAGUACACUUGAUCCUCUCAAAUAUUAUCACAAUAUCACUUCAAACACUCUUGUCGUGCUGGAAGCUAUGGCAGCACAUGGGGUGAAAACUUUAAUUUAUUCAAGCACGUGCGCAACUUACGGUGAACCAGAAAAGAUGCCCAUUACAGAAGAAACUCCACAGCUUCCCAUAAAUCCGUACGGAAAGGCUAAGAAAAUGGCAGAGGAUAUAAUUCUUGAUUUUCACAAAAAUUCUGAUAUGGCUGUCAUGAUUUUAAGAUACUUCAAUGUGAUUGGUUCUGAUCCAGAGGGAAGGCUCGGUGAAGCCCCUCGACCCGAACUACGUGAACAUGGACGAAUAUCAGGCGCUUGCUUUGAUGCUGCUCGUGGGAUUAUCCCGGGCCUCAAGGUUAGAGGAACGGAUUACAAGACUAAAGAUGGCACGUGCAUACGAGAUUACAUCGACGUUACUGAUCUGGUCGAUGCUCACGUGAAAGCUCUGGAGAAAGCAAAACCAGGGAAAAUUGGGAUAUAUAACGUUGGUACAGGAAAAGGAAGAUCUGUGCAAGAGUUUGUGGAGGCCUGCUGA